AUGUUCAUUCUCUCAGACAAACAGAUUAUUAUUGCUAUUGUAUCUGGAAUAUAUUGGACAGUCUUUAUGUUUCUGGAGAAGUCCUUUGCAAGUCAGAUUCCAGCUAAUUUUGUCUUUGGUGACUCCUUGGUUGAUGUGGGAAACAACAACUACAUUGUUUCACUCUCCAAGGCUGAUUACAUACCAAAUGGGAUUGAUUUCGGAGCCCCCACAGGACGAUACACUAAUGGAAGAACGAUCGUUGACAUUAUAGGUCAGGAAUUGGGUUUCCAGGGAUUCACUCCUCCUUAUUUGGCUCCCUCUACAAAAGGAUCCAUGAUUUUGCAGGGUGUUAACUAUGCUUCAGGUGGAGGUGGAAUUCUUAAUCAAACUGGAAGCAUCUUUGGCGGUCGAAUCAACUUGGACGCGCAGUUAGAUAAUUUUGCAAACACCAGGCAAGACAUGAUCUCAAGCAUUGGUGUUCCUGCAACUCUGGAGCUGUUGCAAGGUGCUCUCUUCUCAGUUACAAUUGGAGCUAACGACUUCAUCAAUAAUUACUUAACUCCUGUCCUCUCCACCGCCGAGCAAAAGUUGGUUUCCCCAGAAUCGUUUGUGGAAAUCAUGAUUUCAAGAUUUAGGCUACAACUUACUAGACUCUACAAUUUGGGUGCUAGAAAAAUUGUUGUGGCAAAUGUAGGUCCAAUUGGGUGCUUACCAUAUCAAAGAGACAUGAAUCCAUCAGCAGGAGAAAGUUGUGCUAGUUAUCCAAAUCAGAUGGCACAAUUAUUUAAUACCAAAUUGAAAAGCCUUAUUGCAGAGCUUAGUUCAUCUCUACAGGAAUCAAAAUUUGUGCAUGCGGAUGUGUAUCACAUAUUGGAAGAUAUCUUACAAAACUACAAAUCAUAUGGUUUUGAUAACGUAAAUUCAGCAUGUUGCUAUGUGGCUGGUUACCAUGGCGGUCUAAUCCCUUGUGGUCCUUUAUCAAAAGUUUGCCGUGACAGAUCCAAGUAUCUGUUCUGGGAUCCAUAUCAUCCCUCUGAUGCAGCUAAUCUCCUCAUUGCAAAACGCCUCUUGGACGGCGACUCUGAGGAUAUUUCACCCAUCAACAUCCGGCAACUCGUUAACACACUUUGAUAAGU